GGUAACCAAAAUGAAGCCUACCCUGAAGCUACCAUCUGGCUGCGAUGCUAGCCUCGGACAAGUAGCCUAAACAAUGUCCUGUUCUUUGAAGAUUGCAGGCGAGACAAUUGCACCUUGGUUACUUGUAAAUUCUAUGCUUCAACUGCAAGGUAUCUAUUAACUAGACAUUCGAGACCAAGAGCGCUUCACUGCCUCCUCGUAACUUGUCGCUUUGACCUGGCUCAUGACGCGACAAAAGAGCAUGCUUCACCCGUCCUAGCCCUCCUCGCGACCUCAUCCAAAUAAACAUGGCUACACCCGCGCAGUCUCGACCUGCCUCGCCGACACCGUCCCAGUUGCCUCCCGUACCAGGCUCGCCAGUCUAUUCAGUCGCCUCCACUGCGAAUCCGCUGUCAUCCUUCAACCUACCGCUGCCGCCACCCCCUCGCCCUUCGUACCCGGUGCUCACCACGGCAGACCUCGAGCGCUCGCAGGAUGCCUACGCUGAGCUUGUCGCGUCCGCGAAAGCGUACCGCCUCGCGCUCGCCACAUUAUCCACCGCCGCGUCCACAUUUGGAUCUACGCUCGAAGCAUGCGCGCGGUUGAAGGAGGCUAGGGCCGAGCCCGUGGGGCCCUCUGGGAUGGCGAGCAUGUCUGCGAGCUUUACGACCAAGGGGGCCUGCACAGCCGACACGCUCAUGUCUGCCUCGGGCGUGCAGCACCUCAUCGCGAAUCACCAGCAGAUCCUGUCCGAGACCGUGUAUCGCUCCUUUGAGGUACCCUUGCUGGACGACCUGGACCGAUGGCAGAGGGUGGUGGACGACGAGAAGGAGACGUACCAGCAGAGGAUGAAGACACAGAGCAAGGAGAUUAAGCGCCUCGAGAAGGAAGGGUUGAAGCUGCACAAGCAGAAAAGACGGGACGUUGCGCGGUUCAGGUCGCAUCUGGUGGAGUUGACGAAUAAGCUCGACGGGCUCACGACAUUGCACGCCGAUCACGCGCGGACACUGCUCAGAGAGAGCCAGGACACGAGCGGGAGGAUAGUGGACGCCAGCUGCAGUCUCGUGCGAGCCGAGGUGGACAUCUUUGAGAGCCUGGCGCGAAAGGGCUGGAGUGGUGGUGGCCUAGACGACAUCCUCGAGAAGGGCCAGGAUCUCUUUGCGCAGGAAGAUGUGCACAGUGCGCACGUCACGGGGGCCAUUUCGGGCGCUGAAUCGUCCAAGUUGUUCUCCAUCUUGCCGCCCAAGAGUAUCCUGGCGGACACGUCGUCGGAGAAUUCCCGGGGCGUGGGACACGCGAGGAACGACAGUUUGGGCAUGGACUCGACGGAUCGCUACCAGGGCCUGAGCGCGGUGGCGGAGUCGCAUGCGGCAGCUGGCGAUGCCGAUAGUGUCAUGUCCGCCGAGUUCAGCAAGCCAAGGGGUGCCCGCCCAUUCUCGCCGCAGCCGAUUCGACGGAUCCCUACCGAUGUGACAUUUGAGUCGAUCAUGGCUGGGAGCCCGAGCAAGGAAGACACCAAGAGGCUAGUGCAUGUAGACGGUGAGAUCCCUGAAGAAGACGAGGGCGAGGAGGAGCAGAGCAGGAGGCAUGACGAUCAUCAAGCUGAGGAUGGUGAACGCAAAGAGACGGAUGCGAGCGACACGCCAGAACCACCAAGAGGGCGAAGAUCACCAGACUUCAUCACGGACGAGAGUUCACCAGACUCAUCCCGAUGAGAAGGAUGCUCAAAUACAGUGUCUUGAUCAGUUUGCAUACUAGCGUUUCAUUUCCCCGGUACAACAACCGUGCCAGGUGGUGGCAUAAUUCGUGUACCGAUAUUCA